AUGGCCAACAACACUGCGCUACGAACGUUCCGCUCCCUCACAUCCACCAUUUGCGCAUCGUGUCGUCAUUCACAAUCGGCGCGGGCCUUCACUCAGAGCACACACAAUGCCGCUGCACCACCCGGCAAACCAAUCCAAAUGGACUCGAUGCUCUCCAAUGUAGACCGAAACUUUCAGCAAGCAGGUCCUGACCCCUACAACCCGUCCAUCAGAAGCAUAAUACCCAACGCCAACCAGCCCUCGGGUCUUGUCAACCUGGCGCGCGAGUGGGCAGAAGACGACAAACACAAACUACAUGUUUACGCCACCAAGCACAACACACAUCUCUGUCUCACCAAACCGAACCGCGACCCCUUGAUAUCCGUGUCAUGUGGGAAUAUUGGCUUCAGGAAAGCAGGUCGGGGAACGUAUGAUGCUGCCUACCAGUUGGCCGCCUUCUUGAUGAGCAGAAUUCAGGACAAGGGUUUACUACCGCAGAUCCAGAAGCUGGAACUGACCUACAGGGGGUUUGGGGCGGGGAGAGAGGCUGUAACAAAAGCGAUAUUGGGUGCUGAGGGAAGGAAGGUACGACCGUUGAUUGUCAAGUUGUCAGACUCGACGAGGCUGAAGUUCGGUGGUACAAGGAGUAAGAAGCCGAGGAGAUUGGGUUGA